UGGGGUUAGUGCAUAGCCAGCAUCCACAUUACCGAAGUAUCCUACCAGGGAUCAGGGCACGCUCCUGUGGCACUGGUGAUACCUCUGUCACAUGUGAUUUGGGCUGGACUUUGCCUAAUGGGGCACUGCCCUGGGCACAGUCCUGGCACAGGAUCCAGCACUGCCCCAGGCACAGUGCUGGCACAGGUGCCAGCCAGUUCGGAGGUUGUGGAGGCUGCCAGCAGAGAAGACAGCCAGUGCUGUGUGGACCCACUGUCAGCCAUGGAGCAGGAAGAUGCAAUCAGGCAGGAGCUGGGAAGCCUCCAUGGCAUCCCCUUCUACAAGAGCUUCAUCGAGGGCUGGCCGCAGGUGAAGGCUUUCCAAGCCCGUCCAGACGACCUGCUCAUCUCCACUUACCCCAAAUCAGGCACAACAUGGCUGAGCGAGAUCAUGGACAUGAUCUACCACAAUGGUGAUGUGGAGAAGUGCCGACGGGAUGCCAUCUACAACCGUGUGCCCUUCCUGGAGUUGAAGGCCCCCAAGUGUCUGAGUGGUGUUGAGCAGCUGGAGAACACCCCAUCCCCACGGCUGGUAAAGACCCAUCUCCCGGUCCAGCUCCUCCCGACCUCCUUCUGGGAGAAGGACUGCAAGAUUAUCUACAUGGCCCGCAACCCCAAGGAUGUUGUCAUCUCCUACUACUACUUCCACCAGAUGGCCAAGAUACACCAUGACCCUGGCACGAAGGCCGAGUUCUUGGAGAAAUUCAUGGCCGGGAAAGUGCCCUACGGAUCCUGGUAUGACCACGUGCGUGGAUGGUGGGAGAAAAAGCAGGAGAAGAAGAUACUCUACCUCUUCUAUGAGGACAUGAAGAAGGACCCACGGCAGGAGGUGCAGAAGAUCUUGCAGUUCCUGGGCAAGGAGUUGGCAGAGGGAACAGUGGAGAGGAUCCUGCACCACACCUCCUUCCAGGAGAUGAAGAAGAACCCUGCUGCCAACUAUGAGACCAUGCUCCCCACCUUGAUGGAUCACAGCAUCUCCCCCUUCCUCCGGAAAGGGAUCUCUGGAGACUGGAAGAACCACUUCACUGUGGCCCAGAAUGAGCGCUUUGACCAGCACUACCAGGAGCUCAUGGCAGGCUCUGACCUCCACUUCCAGAUGGAAGUGUGAGGGGCUCAUCUCCCUUCCCAGGAGGACUCUGCUUCUCCUUGCUCUCCCAGUGGGGAGGAUGGAUCCAGAUGGAGAUUCUUGCACUAAUGCACU